GUCAAAGAACUUCAAUACCCACAAUGCCUUGCAGUGCUCUGUGGUGACCUGUCAGCUGGGAGUGUUCUGUUGUGUCGUUUGGAGUGGCAUUAUUCGUGGAGGAGAGAUCUGCUGGAUUCUCCCUCAGUUUUAAGAUUGAAAAGAAGAAAAGGGAGCACACAGAUUUUUCACAGCGGUGCAGAUUUUGUUGCUGCAGAAGGAAUUCAUUUCACUUGAGGCAGGAAUGAAGAGAGCGGUGUUAUUUCUGAUCACUGUCUAUGGCUCAGUGCCUGUCAUUCUCUACCUGUUCCCCUGGAUACUGGGCCAUGCCGUAUUUGCUCACUUGCUGAGGUUUCCAUUCUUCGUGGAUCUUGGUAGACCUGAAGCCGUGCUGAACCACACAUGCAACUUCUACCUCGACACAGAGGAGGGUAUCUCAGUGGGUGUCUGGCAUACGCUCCCUGCCAGCCAAUGGGAGAAGGCCGCUGGGAGAAGCCCUGAGUGGUACCGGGAGACUCUGGGAGACGGCCGUCCUGUUAUUAUCUAUCUCCAUGGCAACGCAGGGACCAGGGCCAUGAAACACAGAAUGGAACUGGUGAAGAUUUUAAGUGGUGCAGAUUAUCAUGUCUUAUCUUUAGACUACAGAGGUUUUGGAGACUCUACUGGGGAGCCAAGUGAGUCUGGAAUGACCAGUGACACCGUCUACUUGUACCAGUGGGUAAAGAAGCGAAGCAGAGGGGGUCAUGUCUAUCUGUGGGGGCACUCGCUUGGUUCUGGGGUGGCGACCAAUACAGCAGCAAAAGUACAAGAACAAGGGUCUGCUGUUGAUGCUUUAAUCCUCGAAGCUCCAUACACAACAAUAGGAGAAGUCGUAGCCCUCCAUCCUCUCACUAAGAUGUACAUGUACCUUCCUGGAUUUCAGAGCUUGCUCUGGAACAUACUGGAAAUGAACAACAUUGUAUUUGCUAACGAUAAAAAUUUGAAGGCCCUGACCAGCCCACUUCUUAUUCUGCAUGCAGAGGAUGACAACAUUGUUCCUUAUCACAUGGGCCUGAAGCUGUAUCAGAUAUCCCUCCAGGCUAAGAAAAAAUAUAACACAGAUGUUCGGGUUGAAAUGAUCUCCUACAGUGCAAAUCUUGGAUUCUCCCACAGCAGCAUCUACUUAGAUCCCAAUCUGUCGAAUGUGGUUCAGAAGUUUCUACAAAACCUGAGACAGUAAAGCUGGCUCCUUUCAGAGAAGAGGGUUUACUCUUUUUUUAUGUCGGCUUUCACUACUGAAGUGUUAGUUUGUAUUGUAUUUUCCUAAAUAAGGCUCCAAUAAACAAAUGUAUUUUGUCACAAAA